AUGGUUGGAAACCAUGAUUCAACUGGGGUGAUUGUUAAUACAAAUGAACUUCCAGAUCUAUUAAAUUUAGAAAAGGUUGACUAUCAAGUGUAUUUGCUGGCAUUGAUAAGAUUGAUUGAUACCAUGGUUGAGUACACGAAUGGCACCGUGAUUCGGGGAUCUAUUCAAUCAAAAGGUCCAUAUGGUAAAGAUUAUUCAAUUGCAAUGAUCAAUCUUGAAAUUGUUUUAAAACUUGAAAAAGGUUUUCAAUUGUUGGAUUUGAACAACGAAAACUUGAGAAAGUUGUACGACAGUUUAAAAUUGAAUUGCCAAAAGUUGAGUAAAAUGACUUACGAUUUGUCAUUAAGAAACUUGAUAAAUGUUAAAGGAGAAACUGUAUAA